AUGGCCGUCUCUUCUCAAGCUAUAAGUUCGGUCUUGAUUCGGAUGGAUGAUUCAAUUCAACGCCCAGUCUAUUACAUCAGCAAGAUACUUUCAGAUGUUGAAAUGCGUUAUCCAUUGGCAGACAAAACAGCCUUAGCAUUAGUCUUCUCAGCCAGGAAGUUACGACCUUAUUUUCAGGCACACACGAUCAGGAUAUAUACAAACCUACCACUGAAAAAUAUUCUUCAAAAACCCGAGGCAUCCGGAAGAUUGAUUAAAUGGUUAGUAGAACUUGGAGAGUUCGAUAUACAAUUCCUACCUAGACCCGACAUCAAGUCACAGGUGCUUGCCGAUUUUGUGGUCGAAUGUACUAGCUACACCUCCGAGGAAUCGCCUGAUGUGUCUCCUUCCUCCUCCUGCUGGACAUUGUAUGUAGACGGAGCUUCUGGGAGCUCUGGUGCUGGUGCUGAAAUUUUAUUAAUCUCCCCACAGAAAGCCACACUCGAAUACGGGCUUAGACUGAAGUUCCCAGCAACAAACAAUGUUGCUGAAUAUGAAGCUUUGAUCGCUGGAUUGAGGCUUGCAAUUGAUUGCGAGGUCCAAGACUUAGUGGUUCACACUGAUUCCCAACUGGUUGCUUCUCAAAUAGUUAAAACCUUGUUGGCUCAAAUAGCAAAGCAUCAGGUCAUCCAUAUCCUUCGAGAGCAAAACGCAAGGGCAGACUCACUCUCCAAGCUAGCAACCUCUACAACGGGAGAUGUUUUUAAAAGAAAAUUCAUUGAGGAGAUCCACUUCCCGAGCAUUCAAGGCUCGUGGGUACUUCAAUCAAUAGAUGAAUCAAAAGAAGUUUCUUGGAUCGAUCCCAUUCUAGCUCUCCUACAAGAAGGAUCUCUCCCUGAAGACCCAGUUAUGGCAGUACGACUUCGGAGACAAGCAGCCAACUUCACCAUUAUUAACGGAGAGUUGUACAAACGAUCUUUCACAGGACCAUACCUCAAAUGUCUUCCUCCUUCGGAGGCGAACUAUGCGCUUCGCGAAGUACACUCGGACAUUUGUGGGGAGCAUUUGGGCGGAAGGGCGCUAGCCCAAAAGGUCCUGAGACAAGGGUUCUACUGGCCAACGAUAAAACAGGACGCAUUAGAACUCGUACGGAAGUGUAAAAGCUGUCAGUUGCACGCCAACCUCACUCAUCUACCCGCCAUAGAGAUAUCGACAUUACAGAGUCCCUGGCCUUUUGCCCAAUGGGGGAUUGACAUAAUGGGACCAUUUCCUAUAGCCACGGGACAGCGAAAGUUCAUCAUAUUGGCUGUUGACUAUUUCACAAAAUGGGUAGAAGCAGAACCACUAACUAAGAUCACUGAAGCAAAUGCCAAACAGUUCCUGUGGAAGAGCAUAAUAUGUCGCUUUGACAUUCCUGCAAAAAUUAUUAAUGAUAAUGGAACACAGUUCACCGGAAGG